AUGUUGAGCAGUCUUUGGUUUCUCUGUCUGUGGAUCUCCUGCUCUGAAGCGCGCAUCUGGGCCUGGAUGCUCAACAUGCCUCAUAGUCCACCCAAUGAAGGACCGAUGGCUCUUGGGGACAGUACUCCUGUGGCCAAAGGACCCGCGGGACAGUGUGGCCAUGACAGGGCCUGCGGGCGAGGUUUCUCCUGUGAUCGCCACUUUGGACUGUGUGUGCCGCUCCGAGGUGAGGGCCACUACUGCCGGAGGGACGCCCAGUGUGUUCGUGGACUCAGCUGCAUGUUUGGGAAGUGCCACCGCAGCAUCCCCAAUGGCCAAGAGGGUGCCAGAUGUAAAGUGGAUAGGGACUGUGGGACAUCCAUGUGUUGUGCCCGCCAUCAUGGCGAGCACGUGUGCAAGCGCCGCCUGAUACUUGGUGAGAGCUGCUAUGUACCUGAUGGUGGCCUGGCCUUCAGUAUCAACCAGAUAUGCCCAUGUGAUGAGGGACUGCUGUGUCGUGAAGGCAGUGCUCCACAGCGGAGAGAGUAA